CACACAGCCGCGCGGCCUUCGCUUGCGCGCGAUGUAUCCCAACGACAGUGCCGCACUUCUCGACGUCAACUUCACGGUCUUCUUCAACAGAUCACUCCCGUUCGACAGUCAACUCUACCAGGUCCCCGUCGAGAUCAUUGUCCUCCUCUCGGUCUGCUAUGGGUUCAUCUCCCUCGUCUCCGUCAUCGGGAACAUCAUCGUCUUGUGGAUUGUGGCCUCUUGCAGGCGAAUGAAAACCGUCACUAACUUCUUCAUUGCCAACCUCGCCGUAGCUGACGUCAUCAUCGGUUUAUUUUCUAUCCCGUUUCAAUUCCAAGCGGCUCUCCUACAACGCUGGGAGUUGCCGGAGUUCAUGUGCGCGUUCUGCCCUUUCGUCCAGGUACUCUCCGUGAACGUGUCCAUCUUCACGCUAACGGCCAUAGCGCUUGACCGCUACCGCGCCAUAACGUCUCCGUUGAGAGCGCGGUGUUGUUCAAAGUUCAACGCGAAAGUUUUCAUCGGCAUCGUGUGGAUAGCAUCGUCCGUGGUCGCCCUGCCGUACGCUGUCGCGUUACGUGUGACCUUGGUGUUCGACACAAGGUCCGGAGACGUGUCCAGGCCGUUCUGCAUCAAUGCGGUGCUGCCGCCGUUCUCGUGGAAGAUAUACAAUCACGUGCUUGUGGGACUGCAGUAUUUCUUGCCCCUGUGCGUUAUUAGUUACACGUACGGGAUGAUUUGGCGGGCGAUGAAAGACUGCAAGACGCCUGGUAACGCGGAGAGGACGCGGGACGCGACCAUCACUCGCAACAAGAGGAAGCUUCCUCGUCCUCUGAAGUCGCUCAUCCACGGGCAACGUCUGAAUGUGGCCUUCACUCCAGCUACAUAG